GCCGUUCGCUACAGGAACUGUUGAAGGACGGCGCUCCUCCAACAACUUGAUCUGCAUCCGCCCUGAAGGUCCUUCCGUCAGAUCUGCCAUCUGCCUCAUCAGCAUCGUCACGCGACAUGACGACUGAAGUGGUGAAGCUCAACGUGGGCGGCAAGACGUUCGAGGUGGCCAAGAGCACGCUGAUGAAGCACCCUGACGCCAUGCUGGCCAAGCUCGUCGAUGAGAAAUGGACGCCCAACCAGAGCGAGGCCCUCUUUGUCGAUGCCGAUGGCGACUUGUUCGCCUACGUGCUGCAGUACUACCGCAGGGGCACGCCUGUGAGCGUGCCGCAUCACGAUGGCGUUACAAAGGACCAGGUGGGAUCACGCAUCACUGCAAAUAUCAUGCUCGAACACCUGAGGCACUCACCGACUGACAUCUGUGUGUGUGUGUCGUGUGUGUGUGCAUCACUUUAUCAGCUCAAGAAGGAGUUCGACUACUUUGGUAUUCCGCUGAGCGACGACAUGAUUGCCGUGGAACUGGCACCCUCAUUCGCCGACCUCAAUCGUGCCCGCGAUAGAUGCCUUGUUCAGGCACUCGAGGGGCUCGACAACCAAGCUGCAGCAUUGUCGAGCGAGAGGACGACUUACAUGUCGUUGAGAAUUGCGAGGCAGGUCCUCUCCCGCCUUAUCGACAAGACCGAGGCCUAUUGGCGUCAACCGUCGGCUCACGCACAGCAUGGACAGACCGAGGUGCGGCUGCAACCCGAGUUCGCCGAUGCAAACAAAGCCUUGCAAGCUGAGCUACGAGGGUACAGCAAGGAGAGAAUGUUGGAAGUUGCUGGCAACGUCAAGACGAUCCUGGAGGACCUGGGCUUUACCGUGGUGGUGUGCGAGACAGGCCACAACCUCGGUAACCUCACGCUGACUUACUGAGUGCGCGUGGAGGUGCCUUUUUUCUUGGCCCUUGCCUUCAAUGUGCUGUGAAGGCUAUUGGCAUCAAAGCGUGGAUUGGAGAUGUGCGACUUCACGCUCACUUACUGAAGAGAGAUGAGUCAGAGUAAUGUGGAUGCGUGAAGGUGUCCUUCUUUUGUUGUUUUUCUUUUUCGCCUGUGCCUUCGAUGUGCUGUGAGAGGUGCGUGGCGGAGCUGAGACUCAGCUUCUGAGGGGACAUGAGAG